AUGCUCUUGGCGCCGCGUUUGGCGCCGAAAACGCCAUGGUUUCGGUACCGCAGAUUGCGACGUGUGCGGCACGGUCUCCGAGGAUGCGCCAGCAGCGCACUGGUGACGGGCCAGGCGGAGGCGGAGGACGCGGCAGAAGCAGCUGCAGAGAAGUUGGCCACUUCGAUGACAUCGCCUUCUUUGGUGCUCUUCUUUGCCAAGGGCUAUGGACCACGUGCCAGAUCCAUGGGCAGCAUCUUCCAAGAGCGUUUCAAGGACGCCACAGUGCUGGGCUGCAACAGCGAAGGUGGCGUCAUCGCCGAGGGUCAGGAGCAACAGACCCAAACCUUUGGUUUGGCCGCGCUGGCGCUCGCGGGAGGCGACGAGUCGCAGAGCUCACGGGAGAUGUUCCAUGAUGGAACCUGGAAACCGAUCAACGUAGUUCCCCCGAGUCGACUCGUGUCACAUGUCGCGACUCGCACGGGCGCUGUUGUUGCCACUGCCGACACUUGCACUGGUGCAGCUGCGAGGGAAUCGGACAUGGCAGGAAGACCUUGGAGGUCGGAGGAGAAAUCUGGCAGUCCUCUUUCGUCGGUGCCCACUCGCGCCCUCGCCGCCUACCUCGAGGCUCCUGGCUACACGGACCCGGCCACGCUCAAUGAUUGGUGGGCCAAUGAAGCCCACCAGCAAUGGGCGUGGCAGUGGGACUUCUACCUGGAGGUCUAG